AUGAUAGUUAAUUUGAAGGAAAAUUUUACUUUCCCAAAAUAAUGUAAAGUAUAUCAUCAACCCAAUGAUGAGGGUUUUAAGAAAGAAAAGCAUUUUUAAUAUAGUACAUUUCCACUUAAGUUAAACGACUAGUAUUUUUCAAGGCCAAGAUUGGAAUUCUUGAAUCACAAGAAUCCAUUUUAAGUUCAUUAUUUUCCGAAGACUUAGAUUGACAUUCUCAGAUUUGAUUAAGCACACAUCUAUAAGUAGUGGUUUAGACACUUGGUUAAAUCAGAUUAAAGGAGGUAAAGUAGAACUAAUGGAUUUGGUUUAUCAUAGCAUGAAUUUGUUGAAAAAAAUGAAAUAGAAUAAAUUGUAAAUUGA